CUCUAGAAUAUCAAAAUUCACACAACGAAACUGAUUUUUUUUCCAGUAAUUAAACAACAACAUUACAAUGACAGAAGAUGAUGACAAGGGCUAUCGUUGGGAAACAGAAUAUGAAAAAACAUGGGAAGCGUUGCAGGAGGAUGCAGAAGGUUCGUUACAACCUAGCAUUGACAGCAUGCUGCAUAAAGCUAAGAGAAGAAAAUUACUGGAAAAAAUCUCAAAUGUUAGGCUUGGCAUGAUGAGACAUAUGUUUAUCAUUAUUGAUAUGUCUGUUUCUAUGGAUGACCAGGACCUUAAACCUACAAGACUUAUAGCUUCUUUAAAGUUACUAGAACGUUUUAUAGAAGAAUAUUUUGAUCAGAAUCCAAUCAGUCAACUGGGUAUUAUAGUUACAAAGAAUAAAAGAGCUGAAAAGGUGACAGAACUUGGAGGUAAUCCCAGACGACAUAUAGCAGCUAUACAGAAAUUGAAAGAGAGGGUGUGUCAGGGUGAACCUUCGCUACAGAAUUCCCUAGAGUUGGCCAUACAGACUCUCAGACAUAUGCCGAGCCAUGCCAGUAGAGAAGUUUUGGUACUAUUUGCUAGUUUAACAACAUGUGAUCCUGGAGAUAUCCUAGAAACAUUACGGUUGUUAAAGGAGACAAAUGUGAGAUGUUCCAUGAUAGGUCUGGCAGCAGAGGUUAGAAUCUGUAAAAAGCUUUGUACAGACACAAAUGGUAAAUACACUGUUAUUCUAGAUGAAAGUCAUUUCAAAGAUUUACUUAACCAGCAUACCAGUCCACCACCUGCAAUGAUGAACACGGAGUCAUCACUAAUCAGGAUGGGGUUUCCACAUCAUCACCUCGGUGGAGAGAGGUCUGGCGAUAAACCCUCCAUGUGCAUGUGUCAUUUAGACAGUAAAUCUGUUGAGGGGUUCAGUACCACUGGAUAUUUCUGCCCUCAGUGUAAGAGUAAAUAUUGUGAACUACCAGUAGAAUGUAAGGCGUGUGGUCUUACACUUGUGUCAGCACCUCAUCUAGCAAGAUCCUACCAUCAUCUCUUUCCACUUGACCAGUCAUUAGAAAUUCCAGUCACAGAUUUUGAUCCUGGGCAAAACAUAUACUGCUAUGCAUGUCAGAUUCAGAUACAGGACCAAACUGUGUACCAGUGUAGAAAGUGCAAGCGUAUAUUCUGUAUUGACUGUGAUAUAUUUGUGCACGAGACUCUUCACUCCUGCCCGGGAUGUGCAAGCUCUCGUAAAACCCAGACUGCAGAAGCUGUCUUUGUUUGAACAUUAUACCGUUACCAAAUUUGUGACACUGAGGUUCAGAAAAUGAAGAUUACGUUGUGAACUUAAAAGUACAGGAAAAAGCUGACAACACUAAACAAGAAGAAAAGUGUAGCAAGAGAAAGAAAAGUAUGGAAGUAAAAGCAAAGAAAUUAAAGGGAAAUUAUACAUGUUAAGUAUUGACAGAAUGUAAUGCAGAGAAAAUGGUGCACAUAAAACAGUGACCAUAUAACAGUGAACUAGGUUUAAUGUAUAGGAAACAGUGAACAAGAAAUGGCUUAAUUGUAGUGUUGCAUAGUAAACAGUGAACUUGGUAUUUUCUCACAAAUAAACAGAAAACAUAUAGUAGAAACACCUCACUGAAAACCGUGCAUUAAACAGGGAACUGAGAAUAGUGUACAGUACUGUAAACAGUGAACUAAGAAUAGUGUACAGUAAACAGUGAACUGGAAAUAGACAAGAUAAGAGGUCAGGCAAAUGAUUCAAUUUCAAUAGUAAGUUGUGGUGUUAACGCGUCAUACUAGUAAACUAAGGAUUGCAGGCCAUUUGGGUUCAAACCCUGCCAAGGGACAAGUUGUAGUUUCUGUGAGCAAGAAACUUUACACUCAUUGCUUAGAACCGGUUGGUUCCAGAGUGUUUCAAUAAACAUAAAGCUUCCAACACAAUCAAACUAAAAAUAAAUUGUACAUUUAAUCCCAAAGGGGUUGUGUAUUUUCUGUACCUUAUAAAUGUAAAAACUAAUAUUACAAGAUGAUGAUGAGAUAAAAUUUAUAUUAAUAUUGAAUUUGUUGAUUCAUGAUAAUUGAAAUCUCAAGAAUCAAUUUACAACUAAUAUUUUCAAAUUGAUACAUAUCUGUGUUGGUAGUCCAUACAUGAUGAAUUAAAGCAGCACCCCUUCAGAUUCCUGCUAAUGUUCAUAAAGUUUUUGGAAAUGUAUUUAAAAGUAAAGUAAAGUUAGGUAAACAAAUAAUUUACAUAUUGCAGUCGGCACUUAGAAUCCACGAAAAUUACCAAAAAGUGGUCAACAUAUGCAAAAACAGCCCUUACUGAGUUAGUAACCCAGUAGAAAUAUGGUAAUGAAAUACUGCAAAAUCAGUGUUAAACAGCACAUAACAUGAAAAAUAUAACUUGGAUCUUGAUUGAUUUUACCUUUCUUAAAAGUUUAGUGCAUUUUUCUUAAUAUUGAUUUUCUUGAAAUAUUUUAGAUCAUCUUGAGCCAUGCAGCUUUUAUAAUGAAAGUAACAAAAAGCAGAUUCAACAUAAAAUUGAUUCACAUAGUACAUGUAGUUGUUUUUUGAUAUGCCAUCGAGUGAUGGAUUUAAAUCGUUCAGUUGAAAUAUUGAUUGAAACUGUUUUAUCAUGAAUUUGUUAUGUUAUAUGCUUAGGAAUUGCUUGGUAUAGAAUAAAGCAAGUCAAUUUUCUACACAUUUAUAUUCAAGAAUCACUAGGGUAAAAAGUUAAUGAUGUAGGUCUCAUAGGGCAUUUGUUUCUUUUUGAAUAUUAAAUUGAAUAAUAAAUUUU